AAGCGUUCAUCGAAGAAUGAGAUGUCGGCAAAACUUCAUGAAUAUGUAACAUUAUAUAUGUAUUGAGGCACUAUUAUAUUUUCUUCUUCUCUAAGGUGACCUUGGAUCUGUAGAGGCUUUACAGAGAGAUUCGUUAAAAACUUUUGGUAAACGUUUUGACAUUUCACACCGGUCUAAAGGCCACCCUUUACAAAAAGGCUAUGAGCAUAGCAAAAAACAAUUAACAACGAGGGAGGUUGUCAAAAGAGAAGGGUCAUUGGUCAAAAGGCUAAUUAAUCUUUUCUCCGCAUUCGUGGGUUUGGUUUUAUGCACUGCCCCAUUAUAGUUAUGUUUAUGUAUGUCUAAGAUGUGUUAGCAUUUAGGAGCAGGCACUGCAAAUGAUCCCUUUUGUGAGUACUAUGGAAGCUUUUCUCUGCUGAAAUGCAACUAGUCAAAUCAAGUCAAGUGUUGGAACUUAGUUUGUAGAAUCUCUUGGCUAUUUUGGUAUCUGGGCUAUAUAGUCUUUCUGCCUUUGUGGCUCAUUGCAUUGUUGCUCAAGUGUUCUCUUCCUGAGUUCUUGGUUGCUAUGUUCCAGGGCAUGGGGUUUGAAGGGUUGAUUCCAAGGCACAAGCGUUCAAAGAGCUUUCCUGAUAAGAAAAGAGAAGAGGAUGAUAAUCACCUUGAGGCCUCAGAUCGAACAAAUCUGGAUACAGGGUACCUCACAGAAUGCGGUAAACCUAGGAAAAAACAAAUGCCUAUGAAUGAUGUUCAACAUACUCUGAAGCAAGAGAUUCUACAAUUAGAGAAAAGACUACAAGACCAAUUUGAGGUCAGAUGCACGUUAGAGAAGGCUCUUGGAUACAGACCUACAUCUCUCGUUAAUUCAAAUAACAUGAUACUGCCCAAGCCAACGUCCGAAUUGAUUAAAGAAAUUGCUGUGUUAGAGUUAGAAGUUGUGUAUUUGGAACAAUAUCUUCUCUCCUUGUAUCGUAAAGCAUUUGAUCAACAACUACCCUCUGUAGCUCCAUUCAUCAAGGAGGAAAGAGUAAAAUCUCCAACAACACCUAGAGCAAGAUUCAUUGAAGUAUCUAAGCCUGAAGUCUUAACCAGAAGAGGAUGCUCUGCAGUAGAAUCUAUGGAUCAUGAGCCUGAUACUCUACAAAAGGAAUAUAAUGGAUAUGAACUUGAGACUCUGGAGAAAGAAUUCAAUGCACAUCUGCCAGAAGGAAAGCAUUUAGACUCAGGUGUAUAUCGAUGCCACUCAUCAUUAUCCCAGUGUACAGCAUUUACAAGAGUAUCUCCUCCUGAAGCAGAAAAAUUAACCGAAUCUCUGCGUGCUUGUCAUUCCCAACCACUGUCCAUGAUGGAGUAUGCCCAAAAUGUUGAUGCUUCAACAAGAAUAAUCAGUCUGGCAGAACAUCUGGGUACCCGAAUAUCUGAUCAUAUACCAGAUACACCCAAUAGGCUUUCUGAGGAUAUGGUCAAAUGUAUAUCAGCUAUAUAUUGCAAACUCGCAGAUCCAUCUACUACUAAUCCUGGUCUUUCAUCUCCCAAUUCAUCCUUGUCUUCAGCUAGUGCAUUUUCUAUUGGAGAUCAAGGAGAUAUGUGGAGUCCCGGGUUCAGGAAUAAUUCCUCUUUUGAUGUGCGGUUAGACAAUCCUUUCCACGUGGAAGGACUCAAGGAGUUUAGCGGGCCAUACAGCACCAUGGUUGAGGUAUCAUGGAUUUACAGGGAAAAUCAGAAAUUGGGUGAUACUGAGCAGUUGCUCCAGAAUUUCAGGUCACUCAUUUGUCAAUUAGAAGAAGUAGAUCCUGGGAAGUUGAAACACGAGGAGAAGUUAGCUUUCUGGAUCAACAUACACAAUGCUUUGGUGAUGCAUGCAUUUUUGGCUUAUGGAAUUCCACAAAACAACGUGAAAAGAACCUUCCUUCUUUUGAAGGCUGCAUAUAAUGUUGGGGGUCAUACAAUGAGUGCAGACACAAUACAGAACACUAUACUCGGGUGCCGGAUGCCACGCCCUGGACAGUGGUUCCGCUUGUUCUUUUCUCCAAGGACAAAAUUUAGAGCUGGAGAUGGACGACAAGGAUACACAAUCGAGCAUCCUGAGCCUCUUCUACACUUUGCACUCUGUUCAGGAAACCAUUCUGACCCAGCGGUACGUGUUUAUACACCGAAGAGAGUGGCUCAAGAACUAGAAGUUGCAAAGGAAGAGUACAUUCGAGCCACCUUUGGGGUACGCAAGGACCAAAAAAUACUUUUACCAAAGCUUGUAGAGUCGUUCACCAAAGACUCUGGUUUGUGCCCUGCUGGUACCAUGGAGAUGAUCCAACAGUCUCUACCUGAAUCUCUAAGAAAGAAUGUUAAGAAAUGUGACCUUGCAAAAUCCAAGAAGAGCAUAGAAUGGAUUCCACACAACUUCACAUUUCGUUAUCUCAUCCCCAAGGAGCUGGUAAAAUAAUUACUAGAUAGUCUUACUUCUUACCAUGGGAGACAAUCUUGAUCAAGUUUUAAAAAACGGUCCACAAUUGCAAUUGUAGUCGCAUUAGUCAUAUUUGUUUUGCAAUUUUCCAUUUAUCAAGGAUCAUACAGAAAUUACAAUUGGACCGCGACUGCAAUUUAGAACUUCGAUCUACAUUGUUUUGUAUUCUUUUGUACAAAGUUGACAGGGUAGCAGCAACGGCAAAAUCUAAUAUUGGUAUGUGUAGCAUUUUGCAUCUGUAUUGUGCUUGCUAUUUCAUUGUUUUGUAUUAUCUUUAAUUGAUGUACUCUAAUCAAAGUGUUGACAUUCUGAUAUUAGCAGUGUAAAUGAUUUGUUGCCA